AUGUCUGAAUAAUUAAACUCUAGAUCAAUUCAAUAGCAAAUCAAUUUUAAACGCAUUAUUCCAACUUUCAAUUCAAAAGUUGUUGAAGCUAAUAGAAGAGAGAAUGACUCAAUCAAACCUAGACCUAAACUUUAGGAUAUUACAUUAUAUCAAAGAAAUCAAGAUCAUAAAGCUUCUAAUUUUGCAGAUUUUAUGAGCCAAAAGAAUGCGCUAAAAAGCUAAAAUUUUCAAAGCAAUAAUCCAUUUACACUGGACUAAAAUACAAUUGGAACUAAAAACCCCUUGAAAAGGACUAACUAUGAUGACCUUGAUACUGAGCAAGAUAGUAUCUUAACUGGUGUUACUUUUAAGCUUAGUAAUUUUUAGUUUGAAGGCUCCGACCAACAGAACAGCUAAAUUUCACCUGUCUAGGAUGACUUUGCUUAAAGCAAUUUAUAAGAUGAACAAAUUAGAAAUCAACCUCCACUCUACAUCCCCAGAUAAUUAGCUCUUUCAAACUCCCUUUUAAAAGAAGCCUUAAAGAGAAAGCACAUUUAGUAAUGGAAAUUCAAUGUCAGAUGCUUCAAAUUCCACAAGAUUUAGUGGAAUUCUUAGUAUUUUACCAGAAUCUAGACUUUAAGAAUAGAAAAGGCAGUUUAAUUUGAAUACUUCAUUCGAAUCAGAUCGAAAUCAAAGGUCUCCAAAUUAGGUCCCAGAGGAGAGGCUUAAAUUAAAAAUUAAAAGUAGCAUGAGACUAGGUCUCCUAAUAAUAAUUAAAAGUUCAUUAACUCUCAAAGAUAGUAGAUUUAAGGAUCAGAUUUUUAAGUCUAUUCCAGAUAAGAAAAUAAUGAAUAACAAAGAGCAAAUCUUUUUUCUUAGAAUGACUAGAAAGAUCAAUAUCAGAAUAAUUUCAAUUUUUAACAAAUCUUCAAUAGACACAAUGAACCAUUACCAUUAAAUCAAAGUGUCCAGUCUCAAACUAUUUUUAAAGAUGCAUUAUCGACCUUGAGUAAUUUUCAUGAUAGGAAGAUCUUCAAGUCUUCAUAAACUUCCCUGCCCAUGCAGAAAAGAGAAAAACUCCAGGAUUAUCAUCAAUAAGCUUUACUUUAGAACAGAAAGAUAUUCAAACCAAGUAGCUCAUCAGCAUUCAAGACCUUUCAGAAGUAAACUACUGAAACUUAGCCUCAAAAUUAUAGCAAGUAAUAUUAAGUUCAAAAUAAGUAAAAGAAUAUUUACGACUUGGAUGAAAUAAAGGAGGAGAAUUCCUAGAAUUUGAAAGAAAACGCUAUUCAAACACUUUAAGUUUUCACGGAUGAAGCUGAGUAGAAUAAUAAAUUAAGUCAGGCAAGAGACUCAAUCCAAAUAAGAAAAAGCAAUCUCGUAUAACUUCACAAUGUAUCUGAAAAUGAAAAUGACACUAAAUAAACAAAUCAGUAGGAACCUGAAGAGAUUUCAGAAACAGAUGAUGAAAUAUCAGAAGUUGAAUUCUCCAAGAACAGGCUUAGUGACUUUGAAGAUAGAAUUGAAUCAAAAGAUGCAAGGGUGAAGAAUGACAAUAAGAACAAAAUGGAAUUUUAUUAAAGGUUUAUAGAUAACAUGAAUCUAAGUAAUUUAUAGAUGGGCAAGAGAAUAGCUCCUUACUCUAAUCAAAACUAGAAUAAGAUUGAAUUAAAAAAAUAAAUUCGCUAUCAGUACUUCAACAGAACUAAUCCUAAUCAUCAAUAAAGCUCAAGGACUUCUCAAAUUGUAGAUUUCAUGAUCUUUUCAGAUGAUCAAAUUGGCUUUACCAAUUGGAAUUUCUUCAAAGAUAAAAUCAUCGAUUCAGAUGAAGAUUAUGAGUCUGAUGACUAAGUUGUUGUCACUGGUGUAGACAAUUGUAUGCAUGACUUGAGAUAUCUACAGAGAGUACUCAAUCAACCACACCCCUUAAAUUAUUGUAAAAAUAUGCAAAGAGUUCGAGCACAACAGAAAUUAAAAGCUGAAAUGGAAAAUGUUAGGCACUCACAAAAUAGUCUCUAUAUGAACUUAAAUAAUCUUAGGAAAUGA